AUGCACAAACAACCAACUUCAUUGGAAGUAAAACGACAUACAUUAUGCCAUAAACGAUUUUUAUCUUUACUACCAAGUAAAUUCCAAUCUGAAGAUAGUAAUAGAUUAGCAAUAGCAUACUUCUCAUUAUCUUCACUUGAACUCUUGAAUCAAUUGACAAUCUUCAAAGUUGAUGAAUUAGAGGAGUUUAAGUAUUAUAUCUACAAGCAUUAUAUUGAAGACGAUCAAUUUGCAGGAUUUAGAGGAUCGUUGACAUACAAUGAAAGUAUAAGAUCAAUAGAUUUGGCAGCUACCUGUUUUUCCUUACAAUGUUUGUUAGUUUUAAAGGAUGAGUUAAAGGGAGUUGAUGUAAAAAAGGUAAUGAGAUUUGUUCAAAACUGCCAAAUGCAAAACGGUGGAUUUACAAAUAAUUUCCUGAUAUCAAAUGAUGAUAAGGAUUUAAGGUAUUGUAUGAUUGCCACUACAAUUUCAAAGAUUUUACUGAGAGAUUUGCAUUAUAUUCAAGAUUGGAUAAAUAUACCAAAAUUAGUAACCUACAUAUCUGAAUUGCAAAACUAUGAUGGAGGAUUUUCAAUGUACCAAGGUGAUGAAUCUCAUUGUGGAAUGGUUUUUUGUGCAAUAAAUGCAUUAUCAACAAUUGAGUAUGACUUCUCUAGUGAUGAGGUUAAAUUUGAUUCUUUGCUGAAUUUUUUGGUUCAUCGACAGAUAUACUUUAAUUCAUUUAAUGAAGCAGAAUCGAUUGAAAAUGAAUAUAUGGAUAUGGAUGAUAAUGGGGGAUUCAAUGGACGCUUGAAUAAAUAUGGAGACACCUGUUAUGUUUUCUGGGCUUUGUCCUCAUUGUCUUUGAUAAAUAAAGAAGAUCUGAUUGAUCAAGAAUUAGCUUUGAAUUUUCUACUGAAUAAAACACAAAAUAGUAAUAUGGGUGGCUUCAAUAAAACAACAGAUGCUGAUGAAUUGCCAGACCCUUUGCACUCGUUUCUUGGAUUAUCUGCACUUAGUAUAUUAGAAUAUCCUAUGACUGGAAAAAUCAAUUGUAAUUUAGUCAUACCAGAAACCAGUUAUACUUUUUGGAAAAAUCUAUAA